UAUCUGGAAGCCCGUUACAUUCUGUGAGGCCACUCUGGGCCAUGGAUGCAACCUUUAGCAGUUGCACAGUCUUUUUAUUGACACAAAGCUUAUAAAGUCUAUAACUUGGUUAAAGGAACAGUGGCCAGAUUGGUUACAGAGUUGGUGAGAGGUGUGUUGACCAGUGAAUGCAUAGAGUCAAGAAGGUCAAACUCUGUGACACUAAAGAAGGUAUCUGGAAAAGGUGUGGCUUGAUUUCUUUAAGUCUUCUCACUUCUUUCUAACGUCAACAUCCAGCUGUGUGACAGUGAGCAUGACGGCUGUGGACGGCCUGACAGACAGCACAGAGGUGGUGGAGAUGGAGGAUGUUCCAACUCAGUUCUUUGUGGAGAAACACUCUUGGGAGGGCCUCCGUGACAUCAUCCACUGUAGUAGGAAGUACUCGGGCAUGAUCGCCAACAAGGCUCCCCAUGACUUCCAGUUUGUGCAGAAAAAGGAUGAAAAUGGACCCCACUCCCAUCGGUUGUACUACCUUGGAAUGCCUUAUGGAAGCAGAGAGAAUUCAUUACUUUACUCAGAAAUCCCCAAGAAGAUCAGGAAAGAGGCCCUCUUAGUUUUGUCAUGGAAACAGAUGCUAGAUCACUUCCAGGCUACACCGCACCAGGGGGCUUACUCACGAGAGGAGGAGUUGCUUAGAGAGCGUAAACGUCUCGGAGCAUUUGGUAUCACAUCCUAUGACUACCAUGCCAAGACAGGCCUGUUCCUCUUCCAGGCCAGCAAUAGCCUCUUUUACUGUCAGGAUGGAGGCAACAACGGCUUCAUUCAGUCUGCUCCUGUAAAGCCAGUGGAGAUCAAGACCCAGUGCUCUGGGACACGCAUGGACCCCAAGAUCUGCCCCGCAGACCCUGACUUCAUAGCCUUCAUCAACAACAAUGACCUGUGGAUAGCUCACAUUAAGACCGGCGAGGAAAGGAGACUCACUUACUGCCACAAAGGUGUGGAUAGUGUAAAGGAGGACCCAAAGUCUGCAGGUGUAGCAACAUUUGUCAUACAAGAAGAGUUUGACCGUUUCACUGGCUACUGGUGGAGUCCCUCAGCAGUGGAAGACCCUAAUGGAGGUAAAACAGUGUACCUGCUGUAUGAAGAGGUGGAUGAGACAGAGGUAGAGAUUAUCCAUGUUCCAUCUCCGGCACUGGAAGAGCGGAAAGCAGAUGCAUACAGAUAUCCCCGCACAGGUAGUAAAAAUCCCCAGGCUACCCUAAAGCUUGCAGAGAUAAAAACAGACCAUCAAGGAAGAAUUGUAAGCACGCAAGAUAAAGAACUGGCCAUCCCCUUCAACUCCUUGUUUCCUGGGACAGAAUACAUUGCCCGAGUAGGAUGGACAAGUGACGGGAAAUAUGGUUGGGCUGUGCUGUUGGACCGCAGUCAGAGAAAACUACAGCUGGUCCUGCUGCCCCUGGCCCUCUUCAUCCCUGUCACAGAUGACCCAGCUCAGAGGCAGGAGAGUCUGGAGGCCAUGCCCAGUAACACUCAGCCACACAUAAUCUAUGAAGAGGUCACAGACGUCUGGAUAAAUGUUCAUGAUAUAUUCUAUCCGUUUGUUCAAACGACAGAAGAUGAGUUUUCUUUCAUCUGGGUAAAUGAGUCUAAAACCGGUUUCAGCCAUCUCUAUAAAAUCACAUCUCUGAUACAACCGGGAGGCUACCGCUGGACAGAAGACUACCAACAUAAUGAGGGAGACUUCAAAUGUGCAAUCAAGGAGGAGGUUACAUUGACCAGUGGAGAAUGGGAAGUGCUGGCGAGACAUGGUUCAAAGAUCUGGGUGAAUGAGUCUUCAAAGCUGGUGUACUUCCAGGGCACCAGAGACACACCUCUGGAGCACCACCUGUAUGUGGUCAGCUAUGAUUCACCUGGAGAUGUGGUUAGACUAACAAAGUCUGGCUUCUCCCAUAGCUGCUCUGUUAGUCAGAACUUUGACUUUUUUGUCAGCCACUACAGUAAUGUGAGUACGCCUCCGUGCGUUCACGUCUACAAACUGAGCUGCUCAGAAGGUGACCCGCUACACAUGGUGCCGGAGUUUUGGGCCAGCAUGAUGGAAUCACCAGGUUGCCCAGGAGAUUACAAUCCGCCUGAGAUUUUUGACUUCCCAGGGAGGUCAGGCUUCCAACUUUAUGGGAUGGUAUACAAGCCUCACAACCUGCAGCCUAACAGGAAACACCCGACUGUUCUCUUUGUGUACGGAGGUCCACAGGUGCAGCUGGUGAACAACUCCUUCAAGGGGAUGAAGUACCUCCGUCUGAACACGUUGGCCUCUCUGGGCUACGCUGUGGUGGUCAUUGAUGGAAGGGGUUCCUGUCAGAGAGGCCUUGAAUUUGAAGGAGCACUGAAAAACAAAAUGGGUCAGGUGGAGAUUGAGGACCAGGUGGAGGGGCUGCAGUAUGUGGCAGAGAAGUUUAACUUUGUGGACCUGAGCCGUGUUGCCAUUCAUGGCUGGUCCUACGGAGGUUUCCUCUCCCUCAUGGGCCUGAUUCAGAGACCCAAUGUCUUCAAGUUGGCUAUUGCAGGAGCCCCUGUUACUGUGUGGAUGGCUUACGACACAGGAUACACAGAGCGUUACAUGGACGUGCCUGAGAACAACCAGCAGGGCUACGAGGAAGGCUCUGUUGCUUUGCACGUGGACAAACUGCCCAGCGAGCCCAACCGUUUGCUGAUUCUUCAUGGAUUUCUAGAUGAGAAUGUGCACUUUUUCCACACCAAUUUCCUAGUGUCGCAGAUAAUCCGUGCUGGGAAGCCCUACCAGCUUCAGGUAUACCCCAAUGAGCGACACAGUAUUCGCUGCCCUGAGUCCGGAGAGCACUACGAGAUAAUGCUGCUGCACUUUUUACAACAAUACCUCUAAAAAUUAGUCAACAGGGGAGAAGUGAAGUCUAGUUUCCCCCUGCCCUCCUUUACCCCUCUAGCUCACCACCCAUCUGUACUCUCCCUGACCUCCCCUUCCUCAAAAUGUUCACCCCCAUCAUCGAGACUAUCAGACACUGCAGCCACUGUCUCCUAUGAACUCGUCGUGUAACCUCCCCACUAAACCUUUCGGCUCUCUCUGUCUCUUGUUCUGUUACUCGCUUUGCUCACUCUGUCUCUCUCUUGCCCUUCCCUCUGUGUACAGUCUGGGGUAUGGUUUACGAGCACAGAGAUUUGGUCUCACCCUGAAAGCUGAACAAAGACAAGGACAUACAGAGAAAUAUUUGCAGGCUGUGUCACAUUGACUCAUCGCUCACCCGCGUUCUCAUCUGAAGUUUUUUUUUUUUGCCAAAUGUUACUGUGUUGUUUUGCGCUCUGCUCCACCUGUUUUAUUCACUUGGAUCAGCGGUAGGGACAAGGCUACAUUUCACAGGUAUGAAAUAGAAUCUAUACGCAAGUUUGCAGAUAUGAGCUCCCAUACUAUACACAUGCAUAUAUAUAUAUAUAUGUGUGUAAAAGUCAGUUUAUCUCAUUAGCACACUAACACAGACUUACAAUAUCACUCAUACUGUGGUUCUGUAUCUCGCAGUUUGCAUAACAAUGAAAGGAGGGAGAAAACCGUGACUCUUCCUCUGUCCACUUGUUUUAAGUGUGUUGUUUAAAAUAAAACAUUUUAUGAAUUUUUAUUCUUUUUAAGUGAGCACUGACAGAAGUGGCUCAUUGAUAUUUUGCGACAUUUUCUCCCCUCACAUUACAUUGCUUGGGACGUCUGCUUGCCUUCUUAACACAUAAUUUAUAUUUGCCAAAGUACCUCUUGACUCUUGAUCAUGCUGGUAUUUCCUUUUUUUACUGCAAUAAAGACAACAGGAGGGUGAGCACUGGAGUCUUACAACAGCUUUGUACCACCGGAAUACAAUUUGUACAUGAUAAUGAAUAAAUGUAUGAAUCAAUCACA